UUGAUUCACUCCAGCCGACUCCAGCUCACCCAUCCGUACCUCGAGCUGCCCUGCAGCUUGCAGGUGUCCCAACGUGACACACCAUGUUGCUCCCCCUCCCACUCCUUUGUGCCUUGUUUCCCCUAGUCCUCGCUGGGAGUAUGGGACUAGGUGGCAACUGUUCUGUAUCUAAUAACCGCCUUCUCCUCGGAAACAAUCAGUUCCAUUCAGAUUGCCACGACUCCUUGUACUGCGACGGUACCUCAAAUACAUGCAAGUCCAGAGGCUGCAGACGUGACCAGUAUCCGCUUGGGUAUGGCAAAUCCGAGGAGGAUCUACCUCCACUGUGCGAGAAGGGCCAAUUCUGUCCUGACGAAGGGGACGUAUGUCAAUCCCAACUUAAUGUGGGCAGUCCGUGUCAGCUAAACCGAGACGAUCAAUGCGAGCCCCCGGAAGGUUCCACUGAGCUUUGGGACAGGUUCUACGGAAGGAACAUUCAUGGUGCUAUAUGCCUGAACUAUGUCUGCACGUGGGCAAACCUGACCGCAGGAGACUCAUGCCAAGUCGAUAACACCGCAUAUAUUGCUUACGCUGGCAAUGACGAAUACUUGGAUGUUGUUUCUCGUGAUGACUGCAUGAUAGGCAACUACUGCGAUGCCCAACAGCUCAAGUGCAUACCUCAGAAAGACAUUGGACAGUCCUGUUCGGCCGAUAAAGAAUGUUCCACCUACAAUUGCAAUGGAGUAUGCGCGGGGAGUACCGACUCUCCCAACGUUGUCAAAUUCUGGGUGUAUGUGGUCAUUGCUGUGUUCAUUUUGGGGGGCAUGAUUAGCACCCUGGUUGGGUUGUACCUCCUUCACCGGCGGCAACGCGAAGAUGCUCGAGAAAAACGCUGGCAGUAUUGGAACGAACAGAGGUCACUACGACGGCACAUCCUGCAGAUGUGCGAGAAUGCGCAGAUGGCCACGUCUGCGUUGGACGAGACUUCGAAGGGUACAAUGUCGGAAAUAUCGCACCGCAGGACUGAAUCGAGAGGGCAUCGACCCACUGUCUCUGAUGACAUUGUUGAUAUGUAUAGCGCAACUGCUUACAGGUCUAGUUAUCCGAGGCCGUGAAUUUACUGUAGCAUAGCAUGGACCGUAGUAUAGAAUGUGUCUGGGACCUUCACACUGUUGAAACACUAGUGGAUGACGAGCUACAUCGAUUGUCACCAAAGAAAGCUGUCUGUAAUUCCAAAAAUAAAGAAAGA